AUCAUGAUGGGCUCCGGUUUGCGCUCGAGUCGACGAACGCGGCCGACAUGAAGAAUUCUUUCACCUCCAAAGUACUACUACUCCUCCUCCGGCCCUCCUCUCGCCCAAGCUGCGUUUGCUUUUCCUCCCCGGCUAGAUCUCCCUCCACCUUGAUCGAUCGACCAAAGCCUUCUUUUACUUUCCCCCGGCGGAUUUCUUUGCCAUUUUUUUCAUUGCGUGCUCCUGCAAAGCUCCCGGACUCCCCUCCCCAAGUUUCCUCUUAUUCCCUCUCUCUCUCUCCCUGUUGCCCAAGGAACCUGUGAUUCGGCUGUUCCCGCGUCAUGUAUAUAUACGCCAUCGCCGCAGGGAAAGCAAGGCCCUACUUUACACUUCGCCGUCAGCUCAGGUCAGAUCGUCAGGCCGUUCUGCUGCCUUGUUUGGAAUAGAUAUCGGCAUGGCUUACUUGGGCCUCCUUGUUCUUCUUCUCGCCUUCUGCGGUGAGCACCACGGAGCAGAAGCAGCCGGUGAUGCGUCAGCCCGUGGCGCGAGCGCGCGCAGGGGCCUGGCCACCGUCUCCGUGGCGAAGCCGUCGUACCCCACGGUGACCACGCCCAUGUCCGCCUCCACCUCCCCGAGCACGAUGCCGAUGAGCAGCUCGCCCUCCGCGUUCCCAUCCCUGGCGACCGCAGGCGGCGGCGGCGGUGGCGGCGGUGGAGGAUCGUGGUGCGUGGCGAGCCAGAGCGCGAGCCCGACGGCGCUGCAGGUCGCGCUGGACUACGCCUGCGGCUACGGCGCGGACUGCUCGGCGAUCCAGCCCGGCGGGAGCUGCUUCAACCCGGACACCGUCCACGACCACGCCUCCUACGCCUUCAACAGCUACUACCAGAAGAACCCCGUCGCCACCAGCUGCGACUUCGGCGGCACGGCCACCAUCACCAACACCGAUCCGAGUUCAGGGUCGUGCCAGUAUUCAGCCUCGAGCGGUGGUGGUCAGAACAUGCUGCCCCCGCCGUCCCCGACCACCCUGCCGCCGCCAACCCCGAUGACGCCGACCACCCCGAUGACACCAACACCGACCACGCCGGACACCGGGACGCCGAUCUACGGUGGAUCCACGACCCCUCCUGACUACGGCUCAAUGUCCCCUCCCGGCGGCUUCGGGUCAAACUCCCCUCCUGAUUACGGCGACGUCGGCGCCGCACCGGCGACGAUGGCCAGCGGCAGGGCGGCGGUGGCGCUCGCCGGCGUCCUGAUCGCGACGGUGUCUCUGAUGAGCAUGUCAACAUGAUCGCCUACACUUCAGGGUGGCGAAAAUUUCUCUACAGCCGUUGCAGUUCAAGAAUUAGUUGAGAGAGGGGUGCGCCGCGGUGCGUUGGGUGCUGAGACAUGCACGCAAAGAUUUAAAUUCGCGACGAACACCUCGAUCGAUGGAUCCCCUGCCGCGCUAUGCAACACGCUAGCUAGCUAUAGCUCGGCAAAAGGCUGAGGUGCCCCAUCUGUUUUUAGUGUUCGUCAGAAAACUCAGAAGCACGGUGAUGCAGCUUCGUACGUCCCAGUUCUAGCGGCAGGCAGGAUAUGUUUAUAUUACAGUUACAGAUUCCACUGUUGUACUUAGAAAACCUAUUAAAAGAAUUUAUUUCCUUAUUAUUCACCCGAUC